AUGGCCGCGCCAACAGGCAAUAAUGCCAAUCUGACUGCUAAGAGACUCAAUGUCUUGGUCUAUUCCGGUGCGCUCAAUUACUCAGCCCAUCAACUCAGCCGCUUGCUCACCGACAGCGGUACAAUAGGAACCGGAACGACCGUUGACUCAGUCCGUCACUGCGUCUACACCCUACGCCGCUUACUCGCUUCCCACUAUGCAGUCACUCCAGUCACGGGGGAGAUGCUUCUCAACGAGCCAUGGACAGCAACUUGCGCUCUCUUGGUAAUCCCCGGCGGCGCAGAUCUAGGCUACGGCCGCACGCUCAAUGGUGCGGGGAACCGGCGCAUCACACAGUUCGUGCGUCGCGGGGGCCGCUACUUGGGCUUGUGCGCGGGUGGCUACUAUGGUUGCCAAAAAUGCGAGUUCGAGGUCGGGGAUAAGACAAUGGAAGUCAUUGGAGAGCGUGAAUUGGCAUUCUACCCUGGCACUUGUCGUGGCGGGGCGUUCCCGGGCUUCGUUUAUCAUAGCGAAAAUGGUGCCAGGGCGGCUGGACUGGAUGUUUCAAAGGAGGCAUUGAGUGUUGGCACAGCACCUACCAAUUUCAGAUCAUACUACAAUGGCGGCGGAGUCUUUGUGGAUGCGCCGAAGUUCAAGGAUCAAGGGGUAGAGGUGCUAGCCAAUUACUCCGAAAAGCUCAAUGUUGACCCCGGAGAAGGCGCAGCUGCUGUUGUAUACUGUAAGGUUGGGGAUGGUGCGGCUAUUUUGACAGGACCUCACCCGGAAUUCGCCGCAGUCAAUCUCAAUCCAAAUGAAGGCGGGCCUGGCUAUAAAGAUGUUGUGGAUGCCAUUGCUGCUGAUGAUAAGGAACGUACGGAGUUUUUGAAAGCUUGCCUGCUCAAGCUUGGCCUGCAAGUUGCACAAGACACCUCAGUGCCUUCUCUAUCAUCCUUGCACGUUUCUGGUUUAGAUGCCGAGGUGACGUUGGAAAUAUUGUCAUCGCUGGCCCCAUCGCUAACAAACGAAAAUGACAACGAAUAUCUAAAAGAUGAGAACGAUACAUUCCGAAUUGAGCGUCCGGGUGCCUGGAAACUGAGCGAUCUGGAGGAGGCACUCCCCACUGAUGGCGACGGCAUUGUUGAUUACCAGACCGUUACCAAGCGACUCGUGAUUCACGAUGAGCUACCAUCUUCGAAGCUUACCCCUUACUUCAACCACCAUGCAUUUUACUCAAACCUUCGCCAAUAUCAGUCCGAGUCUCGGGGAGGUGCAUCGGAAUUCGGGUCAAACCUCAUGUAUGGCGAGGUUGUGACAAGCACCAACACAAUCCUCGAAAAAAACACAAAACUUUUGCGUCUUCUACCACAGGGCUUCACCGCCACUGCGACGGUCCAAGUUGCUGGACGAGGACGCGGAUCCCAUGUUUGGAUCUCUCCAGCUGGAUCAUUGCUUUUCUCGACAGUGGUGAAGCAUCCGAUGGAAAAGAUUCAAUCUGCACCUGUAGUGUUCAUCCAGUAUCUAUCAGCCAUGGCUGUAGUGAAAGGUAUCAAGAGUUAUGCCAAGGGCUAUGAGAAGCUGCCCAUCAAAAUGAAGUGGCCGAAUGACGUUUACGCUCUUGAUCCGGAGGACCCCGAACAGAAACGAUACACUAAGAUUUGCGGCAUCCUUGUCAACUCCCACUUCAUGUCAAACGAAUACAUAUCUGUUGUUGGGAUUGGCAUCAACGCCGCAAAUGCUUCUCCCACCACUGCUCUCACGGCCCUCGCCGCCAAAUACGCUUCGCCUGGGGCUGCCGCUGCAUGCCCUAUCACACUCGAAAAACUACUUGCACGCAUUUUGACAACCUUUGAAGAUCUCUAUACCCGCUUCCUCCGGACUGGAUUUGACCGUGGCAUGGAGGAGCUGUAUUACGACGACUGGCUCCACAUGCAUCAGAUUGUCACUCUUGAGGAGGAGGGCGGUGCUCGUGCCCGCAUUCAGGGAAUUACCCGAGAUUAUGGUUUGCUGCUUGCAGAGGAGCUGGGGUGGAAUGACCGACCAACAGGACGAGUCUGGCAGUUACAGAGCGACAGUAACAGCUUUGACUUCUUCAAGGGCCUCGUCAAACGGAAGAUCUGA